AGACAAGGAGCAGAGAACUCCACCGACUAAAAAAUUGACUUGAAAGGAGCUAAAUGGCUCUCCAGCGUCGCGGUGCUCUACCUCACUCACUUCUCUCAAAACACUGAUCUUGUCCCUAUCGAAAUGGUAGAUUAGAAUUUAGAGCUUCGAUAUUCCCAGCAAGCGCGCUCGCUAAUGGCUCUCCGUUCGCCCGCCGGCGGAUACUCCGUCCGGCUCCCCUCCUCUCACUAUAGGCCACUUCUUCAUCCCAAAUCCUUAUCUGAUCUCCUUAAUCGUAAUAACCUUAGAAACCCUAGAUUCAACCGAAAUCAGUGCUUCUCUGUUCGGCCCCUCCGGAGGAAACCGCUGGCAUCCGACCGGUUUAGUCGACUGUUGACGAGCGACGAGGAAGGUUUGGUGGGGGAAAGCUUUCUUGAGGCGAUCGAGGAACUUGAGCGGAUGGUGCGCGACCCUUCGGACGUCCUCGCGGAAAUGACGGACCGGCUCUCUGCCCGGGAGCUUCAGCUGGUGCUUGUCUACUUCGCACAGGAGGGGAGGGACUCGUACUGUGCACUCGAGGUUUUCGACUGGUUGCGGAGAGAGAACCGCGUUGAUGGGGAGACGAUGGAGUUGAUGGUAUCGAUAGCCUGCGGGUGGAUCCAACGUAUUAUUUUUGGAGAGCAUGAGGUGGACGAUGUGGUGGGUCUAUUAAACGAAAUGGAUUGCGUUGGAUUGGAGCCUGGGUUCAGCAUGCUGGAAAAGGUUGUGUCUUUGUACUGGGACAGGGGGAAGAAGGAGGAGGCCGUGGUGUUUGUGAAGAAUGUCAUGGGAAGAGGGGUAGUUGGGGUUUUUGGGUCUAAGGAUGGCGGAGAAAAUGGAAGAGGCGGGGCGGUUGGCUACAUUGCCUGGAAGAUGAUGGUGGAUGGAAACUACAUUGGUGCAGUGAAAAUGGUCAUUGAGUUCAAAGAGAGUGGGUUGAAACCUGAUGUUUACAGUUACCUGAUUGCGCUUACAUCAUUGGUAAAAGAACAGAAAGAGCUAUCAAAAGCUUUACGCAGGUUGAAAGGUUCAUUAACGGCUGGUAAAAUCGCUAAGCUUGAUGGUGAAAGUAUUGGUCAUAUAAAUAAUUAUCAGUCAGAGCUCAUAAGAUACGCUGCAUGCUUGUCAGAGUGGGCAAUCGAAGAGGGAAAUUCCAGAAUUUCAUCACUAGUUUAUGAGAGGCUUCUUGCUAUGUAUGCUUGUGCUGGUUUUGGACUUGAAGCUGAACGGCAAAUAUGGCAAAUGAAGCUCUUAGGUAAGGAACCAGAUAAAGAACUUUACGAUGCUGUUUUGGCCACUUGUGCUUCACAAAAUGAAGUCAGUGCUGUCCGCCGUUUGCUUGCUGGCAUUGAGGAUAGAAAUGCAGAACAUAGGAAGAAGUCUUUAUCAUGGCUAUUAAGAGGUUAUCUCAAAGGUGGAUAUUACUUGGAUGCUUCAGAAACUCUUGUGAAAAUGCUUGAUUUGGGUUUAUGUCCUGAAUAUAUUGACAGGGCAGCCGUUUUAGAAGGUUUGAGGAAAAUAAUUCGGGUCUCUGGAAACAUUGAACCUUAUAUCAAGCUUUGUAAGUACCUUUAUGAUGGUGAUCUGAUUGGUCCAUGCCUUGUUUAUAUGUAUAUAAAAAGAUAUAAUCUCUGGAUUGUAAAUAUGCUUUGAAGCUUUGUAGAUAUGCUUUUUUGGACCUGCAUUGAAUAACUCGUCAAUAGGUCAACGAUGGUUUCAUAUCACCCGAUAUAUGUUAUGUAAUGAUUUCAUUUUAAUUAUACAAGAUUCUGAGAACUAGUGCCUUUUAUA